CCAACCUGUGCUCUGUUCUCCUUGAUUCUGAACAAUGGGAAACACUUGAAAAAUCCAACCCCAAUCAUUUUCUGGACAAAGAAGGACACUUUUGUCACAAAAGAAGCAUUUAUGCCAUCUGGGGCAGGGUAGAAUGAAUGCAGAAGUGAUGUCUCUCCAGAAUAAAGGCAACAUUAGGAAGUAGCUGGAAAAGCUGUCUUGACUUCUCUACAUGUCUUGUGAGUGACUUCAGCUGGCAAAACAAUAUGGGAACAUUUAUUCUCUAUGGAUAGGGAAUCAACAUGCUGUAAUCCUCACGGGAUACAAAGCUGUGAAAGAAGGAUUGAUUGACAAUUCGCAAGCCUUUGUUGAUCGUCCACACACACCUUUUCUUUCAGUUCUUACCAAAAACAGAGGUAUUGGCUUCUCACAUGGUCAUGUCUGGAUGCAACAAAGACGCUUUAGUGUUAUUACCAUGAGGAAGCUGGGAUUAGGGAAAAGGGGUUUGGAAACUCAAAUCCAAGAGGAGGCUCAGCACCUGGUGGAAUUCUUUGCAAGUACAAAGGGACAGGCGUUUGAUCCAGCAAUACCCAUCACAAAUUCAUUCUGCAACACUAUCUGUGCUGCAGCUUUUGGAUAUAGGUUUUCCACUGAUGACAAGGAGUUCCUGGAGUUGAUAGAAGCAAUCAGGAUUAUUUUAAAAUUUGCCGGCAGCGUAUGUCAUGCUCUCUAUGAAGUUUUCCCACAUAUCAUGGAAUAUCUGCCAGGUCCUCACCAGACUGUCAAAUCUGCAUGUGAGAGAAUUAUUUCUUUUUCAAGGAAGCAGGUUAAACAUCAUCAGGAAAAUCAGAAUCUGCAUGAGCCACAGGAUUUUAUUGAUUUCUAUUUGUUUCAAAUAGAAAAAAGCAAGGACCAUCCCAAUUCUACCUAUAAUGAAGAUCAAUUGACUCAUUGCAUUUUUGACCUCUUUGUUGCUGGGACAGAUACAACGUCAUCUUCUCUGAAAUGGGCAUUGCUGGUAAUGGCAAAUCAUCUGGAUGUUCAAGAUAAAGUCCACAAAGAAAUAAAAGAAGCUUUGGGUUCAUCUCACUCAAUCUGUUAUCAAGAUCGGAAGAAAGUGCCCUACACCAAUGCUGUGAUUCAUGAGAUCAUGCGAAACAAAUUUAUCUUAUUAUUUGGCUUACCAAGACAAUGUGUGAAAGAUGUCUAUGUGGAUAAUUUUCUCAUUCCCAAGGGAGCCAUUCUCACCCCAGACCUGCGUUCUGUUCUCUUUGAUCCUGAACUUUGGGAGACACCCAACGAGUUCAACCCCAAUCAUUUUUUGGACAAGGAAGGAAAUUUUGUGCCCAAAGAUGCAUUUCUUCCCUUUGGAGCAGGAGCUCGGGUCUGUCUGGGGGAACUCCUUGCAAAGAUUGAGAUUUUCAUUGUGUUCACCAGCCUGCUGAGAGAAUUUAGGUUCCAGCCACCAGAAGGAGAGAAAGAACUCAGUCAAAAAACCAUAAUAGGCUUGGGUGUGAGUUGCCUGCCUUACAAAAUUUGUGCUCUUCCAUAUAACAAUCAAUCAUAAUAGGGGCAAACAACAAAGGGGCUCCUUCAUAUCUGCACAUCUUCCUGUCUCCUUCUAUUUCAAUUCAUCUGCACAUAGUUCUGUUUCAAGGUUGGCUUUCCAGGUGUUGAAAGCCACCUCCCAGCACACCUUGAGUGCGGUCAUUUUUGUACCCACUCUUGGCAAUAUAAACAUAGGUUUUACACAUUGGCUACCUGUAGUGGCAACUGCUGCCCACCUGACCAAUGAGAAGGGACUAAUGAGGAAAUUAAGCCAUGCCAAUACUCGCUUAGAUCAAGGGCUCAAGGGAUAUUAGUCACUUCUUUGGGAAAACAAAUAGAAAUUAUAGUCCCAAACUAGUUCAGGUGCUGCCACAAUUGCCCAUAAGGCAAUCUCAGCUGACUCAUAGUUUAUGAGGUUAAGUAUGUUGAGGGAAUGGGAAUCGUUUCCAAGUCGUUAGCAUCAGUUUCAAGAAGCUCUACCCUGUUCUGAAUUGGUUUCAGUUGUGAGAUUAUAAACAUACACCUUGUACAGUCAGGUAUACCCUAUAUGAUAUUCCCUUUGGAGUUGAGCCAUACUUCAAAAUGUGCACAAAAAGAGAGAUAGCAGUAAGGCAAGGAAGAUAGAACAGGGUAAAAGGAAAGAAAAUCAAAUAUCAUUCACUGCCCUUUUCCCUAUUCUUGCCAUUCAUUUUGGCUUGCACCACCACAUACAUUCUUGUUUUUUCAACCUCUGACUCACUUGGAGGGUCCCAUCAACAAAACUGACACACAAGUUCCUUGACUUUCUCCUUGUUCUCAACUCAUUCAAUCUCCCUUCACAUAUUUGAGUCAUUUGGGGAUUGCUUUGAUGCAUUUCUAAUGCUGCUCUCUCGAUAGAAUCGGGAACAGAGCUUAAUUCUGACCUCAUUUCUGAUGUUCUAUGCCUCCUCCGAUACUGGUUGAUAAUACUUGCUGCAGAUGAAGAGAAGUGUUGGAUCCCCUUUUGUCUAACAUUGAAAUCUUGGGAUGGAGGUCUUCAAAGAGCCAGAAAUGUGAUUUCCUGCUAGCCAAGCUCCAAGAAGCAAUACAAAGCCUAAGAGUUCAUCAAAGUAGAAUGCAAGAUGUUGACUCUGCAAGCAAGCUCAGGGUUUCAUUAUUAGCAACGGUCUGAGCAGGCAAAGCCUCACCUGGGUCUGCUGAGUGGAAAGAUUUAAACUGCCUUUCAUUGCUGGGAUGAUACCACUUCAUUGAGAAGUUAACAGCACUCCAUGAUGUCAUGCUGGCCAUAUGACCGUGGAAAUGUCUUUGGACAGCGUUGGCUUGAUGGCCUCGAAAUGGAGAUGAAGACUGCCCCCUAUAGUCGGCAACAACUAGCGGAGCAUAAUCCGCAGGGAUUCUUUUACAAUUGUUUAGCAUUGUUGGGAGCAAAAUUUGCAGCUGGCCUUGUGGAUACCUGUUCUUGUUCCCUGCUUUGUCUGACCUCAGCCAUCAUGCUCUGUCUUGCCCCUUGCUUCUUUUCAAUUUAUUGUAUGGCAGUUGGAUUACAGACUGUCUACUCCGAUUACACCUCCUCAGCAGCUCGUCAGCUGUCAUGUUCAUUCGUGUUUUUUUCUUCUGCUUCCAUAAAUCAUGUUCUGUUGUCUUCCUCCACCCACCUGCGGCUAUCUCUCCAGACUAAUCUGAAGUUUACAAGCUGCUGCAAACAUAUUGCCUCCAGCUGCUCUACUCCUUUCCCAGUAUGUGUAUUCCCGCCCAGCACCUCUGAAAGCCUUGCUUGAAGCAGCUGCAGCAUGUCUGCAGUUUGCUGGGCAAUUGCACAAAUCUUUUCUCUCUUCGUUGAAGCCAGGGCAUAAAAUGCUGUUUG